GACUUGGGGCUCAAAACGCUACUCAGUCUCUUAUCCGCUAGUCGCCACAUCCGCACUGCCGCUUCUCCCAACGUCAUCUGGAAGCCGUAUUACCGAGCACGCUACACGCACUCCGUCGAGGCGCAGGAAACGUGGCGGCACGCACACUACCACGGCGACUACCGCCUGCAGUACUUCGCCCGGCGGACCCGGGACAAGGAGGCCCUCCGCCUCCUCGACGACAUCCGCACGCAGGUGAUAGGUCGCGGUCCGAAGGCACGCAAGCUCGUCAACGAGUUCUCGUUCGAUGUGUGGGACGCGCUCCGUUGCGAAAGGCUACUCCCGCUUGAUGAGGAGCAUCCAGAUUUCGAUUUGCAUCAAGUAUGCAAAGAGGUCAUCCACUUCAUGAAGGAAGACGCGGCGCCGCAUGCCCUCCCGAGGCGAUUCUGGGCGAAGGCCCUCAGGGGAUCCAUCGCCCGAUACUAUGCAGUCAAGAUAUGGGUCGACAUGUGCGUCCAUCCUCAGGAUCACAGCUUCGACGAUGUCCUCCUUGGAUUAUCUGCUUUCAUGGACUUCUCGCCGAAAGAGACUAUCAAACAGCUUGAUGACAUGGCAGUCAACUGUCGCCAGAGGUUGAACGCCCAAGGCGUGCAAGUUGCCUCCGGAGCACCAGACUACGACUUAGUGGCCCUUGUCAUCGCGAUUCGCGACUUCCUCCACCAUGAGGGAUUCGCGGUUGCCUCCGGUCAAUCAUUCAUGAACCCUCUCAACCAGUUCUCACAUCACUUCCUUGGACCGGGACGCUCGUCGACUCUCCCCAUGUCCAUGAACUGGGUCUUCGCUGCUGUUUGCCGUCGUCUUGGGGUCGAGGCGGGUCCUACGAACACGCCGGGGAGAGUGUUCUGCCAUAUCACUUCUCGCAACCCCCAGCAGGGCGACAUGCUGCUCGACGUGUGCACUUCCACUCCACCCGUCGUAUUUUCCAGCAGAGACGUUGCCAUAAUGCUUGCUGAGGCUGGUAUGCCCGCCGAUGUCGCCCGACCAGACGCGGUCCUCCCGGGGGAGCUCCCUAUUAUGCUACGGCGCGCGGCGUACAACAUAUUCAGCGCCACCAGGACGGGAAACAUAGAGCUCGGAAACGCAGGAGACACCCAGCGCCGAGCCGACUAUGCCGCUUCGGUGGCUAUCGCCGUGUUGUACGACCCACAAGACAUCCAGGUUGGCCAGGGGCGGGGCUUCCUGCAGACGAUGCCUCAGGCCCCCUCUGGAUGCCCCUUGGACACAAAAGCCGUUCUCUCGGCUUUGCUGCCUGAUACCCUGGCUCAGGGACGUCGCGACUUCCAACCAAUGCUCGGCUUUGUUCCGCUGACGCGUAAGGAGGGGGAGCCGCCCAAGCGUCGGACCCAACCUGGAGUUGAAGGCUUCAUCGGGCAGGUUGCAUCCUCGGGACCCGAUAUAGGCUGUAUACUCGGAUGGCGGUGGGUACAAAGAGACGAGGAGGCUCCUGUAUGCGCAUACGACGUUCUGAAGCAAGUGGGCAUCCUCCCAUACCAAUUCGAAGCCACGAACAUUCUCUAUUUUGGUCCGCUUACCGCCGAAGAUGCACGCAGACUAAGACGGGAGACCGUCAAUUUCGACCAAUACUUCGAGGACGCGGUCAUACCCAGGGAAGACGGGCUAGGCGGACGGCUCAUCCCUUCUCUGGAGAUGCAGACGGCGUACCCAGACGAUAUUGGGUAUGGCGCUCGCUGGACAGCGCAGGUGCUCGAGGAAGCCGGGAGGACGGAGGGGGUAGCUGCGCACUAUGUAAGCUGCUUCGGCUGAUAGGAGGUGUGAUAUUAUCGUUUCUACGCUCCCCGUUCUGCUACACGGUACAUCGUGUACACAUACCCUCGAGUGGCCGCCUGCGAUCUGGCCUCCGACUUCGCAGUCCUGUCGACGUCGCUGUGUGGACCGGUGUGUCGGAAUCGGUGCGAUGCCGUCGACGAGCCCAUAUCCCGGCGGAAGCCGCCAUGCGGUAGUUCGUCAUUGUGCCAGGAAGGCGAUGGGGCGAUGGCGCAUAGUUGACAAGGUCGCGCUUGCCCCAGAUUGACGUAUUGGAGUGACAUGUGGGCUGCGGAGCAACUAGCUUCCGGCAGACGGUCGGGCCGAUAAGCGCAAGCACCAUGGGACACGACGCGAAAACGCUACGACUGUACAGCGUGGGCAGCAAGGGGAAUCGCGCCGCGCAUCUUGACGAGGUGCUGGAGCGACAUGUUCAUGACCGCGCGGUACUUGUGCCGUCUGCCCAUGUGAACAAGGUAGCCGUUGAGAUAGUCGAUCUCCGUUGGGCGCCGCAGCUUCACAUCCAUGUACAUGGAGGAGUAAUUGUUCUUCGUCAACUCCACGACGCGCUGGAUCUCGUGUCGCAUGACCUGCGCGCUCAGCUCGCGCGGGAAGGGGGGCGGUUCGAACGCCGCGCCCGCCUCCGAAUUGUGGGCCAAUAGUUGCUCGUUCACUUCGGCGGACCACUGUCUCCGGAAGACGUGCUCAGCCUCGCGACAGAUGCGGUCCGCGGUGGCUCGUCCGUACUGGCUCUUCAGCACCCCGCCGUUAUUGCAUUGCAGGAGGGCAGAGACCGGGUUGACGAACGCGUUUACGACUAGUUUACGCCGCAUUGCGACGUAGACAUCCGUAACCGGUUCCCAGGACGCGCAAAGGCCAGGAGCAUGUAGGAGUGCGGCAAUGGUGUUUCGCAGGUUGAGGUAGCGAGGCCCGUCGGGCUGCUCGGUGGAGACGUUGGCGAUAUCGUCCAGUGAGAGCUGGGCGUUGGCGGGCCUGCUUGCGGCGGCGUAUGAGGCCUCGUAGUUGCGACGUCCGAGAGGGUCGGGAACGAUCCCUAGUUUGAUGUCCCCAACAGCGGAGUGUACGGAAUGGAGGGGGCCCUUCGAGUAUAGCCCGUGGGUGUUAGAGCACAGGACGAAGUUGGGGCGGUCGUUUGGAUCAGGGUACACGUCUUGGAUGACCGUCUCAUACACACCCAUGCCGUUAUGGAGGAGCACGAUCGUGCUGUCGCGAGACAGGUUGUGCCUGAGCUUUCUCAUGAUAGUGCGCACAGCGAACGCCUUGGAGGUGACGAUGAGGGAGUCGAUGGGGCCUAUGGCCUCGCGGACAACUGGGUCGUCACGCGCGUCGAUUCUGGCGGGCGCGAAGUCGCUCCUCCGGACGCGGUUUCGCGGUUCGCCAUAGGGAAGAUGGAUGAGCCCGUCCUGGGAGAACAGCGUGCCGUCCCUCUCGAUCGAGAGAGGCGCGCCAUUGGGGAGGUCGGAAAUGAGUUUUGCGGUCUCUGAGCGAUGGAGGGCGACGACGGUGUGCCGAGGAUGGAGAGACUGGCGGAGGUGGAAGGCGACGAAGUUGCCUACGGCGCCGAUGCCGACGACGUGGAUGCGCAUCGACGCCGAGGACUGGAUGGAGCUCGCUGUGCG